AAAUUUCUUAAACCUUUCUGAUGAUCUGUGCUUCCUGUUUUUGAUUGAAUCGAAUCAUCUCAUCUGGAGUUCAACCAUCUUUCUUGCUUGCUUGCAAGAUCAGCUUUCCCGGAAUUUCAACAUUGGGGUGCGUCCACACAUUAACUCACAGAGCAAUUAGCUUCAGAUUCUUUUGAAUCCUGGGCAAAAUGGUUCAGUCAAAUGAUCCAUUUUGGCAUCAUGUUAAGGAGAUGAAGUGCUUGUAUUGCGGCCAUCAAUUUGCUAAGGAUACUUCCAUUUCAAGGAUCAAAUGGCAUUUAUUAGGAGAGAAGGGGCAUGGUGUUGCAAUUUGUAGAAAAGUGUCUAAACAAGUUCAAGAAGCAGCUUUUCAAGCUAUGCAUGGUCGCAACAAAAGACAUAAAAGCAUAGCAAGUUCAAGCAAUGUAAAUGAUAAUGCCAUUUCAACCACUUCACAAGAACAAAACUAUAAUGAAUUCGACAAUUUGGCAGGAGAUGCAGGAACGACACAAGCAGCGGAUAGAAUUGGUCAUACACUUGGAAGAAGUUGGGAUGAGAUCUAUAAUUUUUUAAUGGAGGAUGAUAUAGAGAAUGGGACUGGAGGAGUAGUGCAGCCUGGUGCUGGAGCUAGCUCUUCUGGAGGGCUUACAGGCAACACAAAUGAGAUUCCAGGAGAUGCGGUACCAACGACAAAGCUGGUGGGUCAAGCAUUCGAAGACCAUAAGAAGACUAUCUUGUCUUGGUUGAUGCACGAUGAAGUUUCAACUAUUGGCAUCUAUGGGAUGGGCGGAGUGGGUAAGACAACAUUAGUGAAACAUAUAUAUGAUCAGCUUCAAAAAAGUCGAGACAGUUUUUGUCAUGUUUACUGGAUUACUGUUUCACAAGAUACCAGCAUUAGUAGAUUGCAAAACAAUAUCGCCAGACGGAUUGGUUUUGAUCUUUCUAAUGAAGGCGAGGAGCUGUAUAGAGCUUCCGAUUUGUCAAAGGAAUUAAUGAAGAAACAGAAAUGGGUUUUGAUUUUAGAUGAUCUGUGGAAGGCUUUUGAGCUACCCAAGGUAGGAGUUCCUAUCCAAGCUGUUAAGGGAUGCAAGCUGAUUCUUACAACACGAUUAGAAAAGGUCUGUCAACAGAUGGAUACCCAACACAAAAUCAAAGUAAGUCCUAUAUUGGAGGAAGAGGCUUGGACUUUGUUUAUUGAGAGACUUGGACAUCAAAUGGCACUUUCUCCAGAAGUGGAACAAAUUGCAAAAUCUAUCACAAAGGAGUGUGGUGGUUUGCCUCUGGGAAUUAUAACAAUGGCUGGAACCAUGAAGGGGGUGGAGGACAUACACGAGUGGAGGAACGCUUUAGACGACCUGAGACAAUCAAGAGUUAGGAAAGAUGAUAUGGAGCCUGAAGUAUUCCACAUACUGAGAUAUAGUUAUAACCAUCUAAGUGAGGAAGCAGUGCAACAAUGUUUCUUGCACUGUGCAUUAUUCCCAGAAGACUUCAAGAUCCCUAGAGAGGAUUUGAUAGCUUAUUUGAUUGAUGAGGGAGUGAUAGAAGGGCUGAGAAGUAGGGAGGCAGAAUUUGACAAAGGCCACUCGAUGCUUAAUAAACUUGAAAGUGUCUGCCUUUUGGAAAGUGCUAAAAUGUACGGUGGUCGUAGAUGUGUCAAGAUGCAUGACUUGAUUAGGGAUAUGGCCAUCCAAAUAUUACAAGAGAACUCUCAAGGCAUGGUUAAAGCAGGUGCACAGUUAAGAGAAUUUCCGGGAGCAGAGGAGUGGACAGAGAAUCUUACAAGAGUUUCACUGAUGUGUAACCAGAUUGAAGAAAUUCCUUCCAGACAUUCACCAAGGUGUCCCAGUCUUUCAACUCUAUUGUUGCUCAGAAAUCCACUGGUGCACGUUGCAGAUUCAUUUUUUGACCAGUUGCGUGGGCUCAAGGUUCUUGAUCUGUCUCAUACAGGUAUCACAAAACUGCCUGAUUCUGUCUCUGAAUUGGUGAAUCUCACUGCAUUGUUGCUCAACGAAUGUCGGAAGUUAAGUCAUGUACCAUCAUUGAAAAAGCUCAAGGUACUGAAGAGGUUAGAUCUCUCUGCUACUUUGGCACUUGAAAAGAUGCCUCAAGGCAUGGAAUGUCUAUGCAACCUAAGGUGUCUUGUAAUGAAUGAAUGUGGUGAAAAGGAGUUUCCUAGCAGAAUAUUAUCGAAACUCUCUCACCUGCAAGUCUUUGUGUUAUGGAAGGAUUCGUUUGUUAAAGGAAAGGAAGUAGGAUGCUUGAGGAAGUUGGAGAGUUUGAAAUGCCGUUUUGAAGGUUACUCAGACUACAUGGAGUAUCUCAAAUCUCGGGAUGAGACCCAAUCACUAACAACAUACAGAAUUGUUGUAGGACUGCUACAUCACAAUUAUUACACAGAAGAAAAAAAUAAAGUAAUUGUUUUGGGUAAAUUGAGUAUCAACAGAGACGGAGAUUUUCAGGACAUGUUCUCGAAGGACAUUCAACAACUGACCAUUGAUGAAUGUGAUGACGCAAAAAGUUUAUGUGAUGUUUCCUCUCUAAUAAAGUAUGCAACUGAUCUGGAGUAUAUCGAGAUUAGUAGUUGCAAUAGCAUGGAGAGCUUGGUUUCAUCUUCUUGGUACUGCUCUACUCCACCUCCAUCUCCAUCUUAUGAUGGUAUAUUUUCUGGUCUUAAGGAGUUCUAUUGCAAUCACUGUACAAGUAUGAAGAAAUUAUUCCCUCUUGUCUUGCUGCCAAGCCUCGUAAACUUGGAAGUGAUUAGCGUUGAUGAAUGUGAGAAAAUGGAGGAGAUAAUAGGUAGAACAAGAUCAGAUGAAGAAGGGGUUUCGGGUGAAGAAAGCAGCAGCAGCAGCAACGAUCUUAAACUCCCAAAGCUAAGAGAACUGCACUUGGAAAAUUUACCAGAACUGAAAAGCAUUUGCAGUGCAAAACUGAUUUGCGAUUCUAUCGAAGUAAUUAAAGUAAGAAAUUGUGAGAAAAUGGAGGAGAUAAUAGGUGGAACAAUAUCAGAUGAAGAAGGGGUUAUGGGUGAAGAAAGCAACAGCAACACCCCCAUUCUCAAACUCCCAAAGUUAAGAAAACUGGUAUUGAAGCGAUUACCGGAACUGAAAAGCAUCUGCAGUGCAAAACUGAUUUGGGAUUCUCUCAAAAAAAUUAAAGUAAUGAAUUGUAAGAAGCUGAAGAGGAUGGGAAUUUGUCUUCCGUUGCUUGAAAAUGGCCAGCCAUCUCCUCCCCCUUCUCUUAGAGAAAUCGAGAUAGAUUCAGAAGAAUGGUGGGAGUCAGUAAUGGAGUGGGAGCAUCCCAACACCAAGGAUGUGCUGCGUCCCUUUGUAAGGGUUUUUGGAGGAUGAGCGACGACACUGCCCUUAAUAUAAUAUUAAAUUAAGAGUAAGCAUCGUUGUUUUA